UUCAAGUUUUCUGUAAACCUAGGGUACACUAACUUUUAUCCUUUCCUCUUAUAUGUGCAACGAGCCAACAGUAAGACUUACGUGAAAAUUAUUUUCAACGAUGUAAAGCAUUGUGUGUUUUGUUUUCUUGUUCUUGAUCUGUUACAAGUGGCUUACACCAAAGGCAUAAGCAUGUUAGCUAACUUGCUAAGCUACUAGCUGUUAAUAGUAAUUAGCUACUAACUGUCGACACCAGUUCGAAACCAAGGUGUGAGUGAAGGAAUUUAACGAGCAAAACGCGUAUCCUGGGCUAAAAAUGAGUGAGGAUGACAAUGCGGCUUCGGCUGCGAAUAACAAAGACUCUACCGUUUCAAUUUUGCUUAGUAAGGACGGGCAAAGCUAUUUUGUUGACAACAGCGGCGUGGUAGGAAGCAGAGAUGAGGCAACCGCGCAGGAUCAGGAUAACAACAACAACAACUCGUUUUCCUACGACAUGGAUGAUCCAGGAGAGGAGAGCGACGUUCAAGAUGCCGGUGAUCCCCGCGACAGCACGGCGAGUCCAGAAGAACUGAACGAGGAAGAGACGUCCGGUGACAACGAGAACGUGCCAAAGAAAUGCACAUACGAAGGAUGCAAAGAGACCACGACGCAGGUGGCAAAACAAAGAAAGCCUUGGAUGUGCAAGAAACAUCGUAAUAAAAUGUACAAAGACAAAUACAAGAAAAAGAAAAGCGACCAGGCAAUGUCCUCCGGAAAAUUAGACGAGAGUUCAGAGGAGAGGCCCGUUUCUGUUACCAAGCAGCGACUCGGAACGAUGGGAGAUCGGCCAGCCAGGCCCUCUCUGAUCGAACAGGUGCUGAACCAGAAGAGACUGUCUCUGCUAAGGAGUCCAGAGGUCAUCAGUUUCCUGCAGCAGCAACAGAAGCUUCUGAGCUCACAGGCCCGGGCCCAGACGCAGCAGAACUUUUGAGGCGGCACCCAGCUGCAGACUCCUCUCCUUUCACAAUCACGUCCUCUCAUAUGGAUACCGACUGUGAUCAGAAAACUAGUGUUUUGCAUGCUGCUGUUCAGACAUCCUCCACUGAAGCGACAUGGUCUUUCCCUUGAGUGAAUGUCACAUUGACAUUGCUCGAGUAGGUUGCCGAGUCGACGCACACUGUCCAUCACUGUGUACAUGAUUAACUCGUUUUUUUUUUUCAAAACACUCAUGAGUGAUUUGUCUGUUUUUAAGUCCUUCAUAUCUUAAGGACCAUCUAUGACUGAUCACCAUGUAGCAGUUAUUUAUCUUCGAAAUUAUCCUAAACUUGCCUAAUAUUUGUGUAAAACUGUGAUGAACUGAAAGGAUGAUGUAAUUUUAUAGGUGUAGUUCUGUCAGGAUCAUUGUGUGAUAAAUUUCCAACACAGUCUGUAUCAUAAGGAAUUAUAUUGUUUGAAAAAAUGUUUAACUUAUUGUAAGGCAGCUUAUGUUUACAGAAAUGUAA